AUGGCGCCUUCCAACGAAAACAAAGAUCUCCCGCUCCCUCCAGUGCCUGACGUAAUUGGCAAAAUGCCCUGGAUUCAGCUAGGCGAGUUUGAAGGUGGUUCAUCACGGACUCCUCCGCCCAAACCUUACCUAGCUAGAAGCAGUCCGACCGAAAGGGCUGCGGCGAGGUUUACGGUUCAUGGGAAUGCUGUUUUGACUGGCGGUACAGGAAUGCUCGCCAUUGUCUCGGCUCGCGCAUUACUUGAGCAUGGAGCGUCUGGGCUGGCUUUAUUCGAUCUUCCAAAUGCAAUCGAAAAGGGCAAAGAUGUCGUCAAGGCGCUACAAGCAGACUUUCCAUCUGCAAAGAUCAUUACCCAAGCAUGUGAUGUUACAGAUGAAAAGGGCGUGAUAGCUGCCGUGCAGGCCGCAAAGCAGCAGCUGGGCGAGCUCAAUAUCCUGUGUUGCUUUGCAGGGAUGGUUGGCUGUGUGCCGUCAGUAGAACAGUCGGUUGAUCACUGGCGGAAGAUUAUAGACGUUAAUACCACUGGAUGUUGGAUUGCCGCGCAGGCCGUAGCACGAGAAAUGAUCUCUAGUAACCACGGCGGUAAGAUCAUUUUCAUUGCAUCUAUCUCCGGCCACCGCGUCAAUUAUCCUCAGCCACAAGCUGCCUACAACACCUCAAAAGCAGCACUGCUACACAUGAAGAACAGUCUGGCUGCGGAAUGGACGCGCUACGGGAUCCAUGUAAACACUAUUUCCCCCGGGUAUAUGGAUACGGUGUUGAAUGAGGGCGAUGGCUUGGCCCCAUGGCGACAAAUAUGGGCAGAGCGAAACCCCAUGCGCCGGAUGGGUUCACCGGAGGAAUUGACCGGCCCAGUUGUGUUACUGUGCAGUGAUAUCGGUGGAAGCUAUAUUAAUGGAGCUGAUAUUGUGGUUGACGGCGGCGGAUUGGUGUUUUAG